GUCGAGCAGAAAUCCUCUCCCNUCGCCGGCCCUGGAACAACACGAGCAAACCGACGACUGCAACUACGAAAGAAUGGCUUCCGAGGACGUGUCCUGCCUAAUCGCAACAUCACUCCCAAACGCAACACUUCGGAUGCUUGGUCCUCGCCUACCCAGCAAGACGACACUCCCACUUCAGACCUACCACAGCCAGAGUCAACCAAGACACAUCUGAGUGCAAGAGGAAGGUCGUCAAGCAUACUGCAAGAAGUCAGCAACUCGAGCUUGCGACGGAAAGACAAAAACAAGAACAAACAUGACUCGGUCCUGUCUGUCUUUGCCGACGAGAAUGGAGACGAGAAGACAUGGAGUUUUGACUCGUCGCCAGCAUGGUAUCACAAGACUGCCCCGCUCUGCAUCCAACAAAAGAAGCAUCAACGCACCCAGUCCUACAAGAGCAACCCAGACUCGGAUCAAGCCGACCAACACAUUGCAUACCUCGAGUCCGAACUCGCCGCCUACCAAACCCAGCUGGCCUCGUUGACUUCCCCAUCUGUAGCCAAAGAGAAGGGUCAAAAGAUUCGUUUGCUCAACCAAGACAUUCGAAGACUGCAGGAAGAAAACUCUCGCUGGGAGGCCGAGUUCGAUGAGAGGGUGCUACAAGUCAUGGAAGACCAUGAUGGCCUCGAGUACAACCUGCGCGCUAGGAUCAACACGUUGGAAGCAGACAGCGACAACUACUUGCAAAAAGUUAAAGAGCUCCAAGCUCAACUCGAUGCCACGAGGAAGGCUUUGGACAUUGCUGAAGCUGCCAACGUCGAGUUUGAANAGAGAUUGGAGACUUUUGCACAUUUGCUUGUCACUUCACCUAUCAAGACCGAGACGCCCCUGGCUCAACCCCCCUUCACCAAAGAGUCGAGAAGUACGAGACAGAAANGAUUGUCUUUCCACCGCUUUCCUACUGCUGGGUCUCUGCAUCAACAAGCAAGCAUGCCUGAACAGCACGAAGUUGACGAACCGAGACCACACAGUGAAGGCGCUAUACACGAUCAUUAUGACAACGCUGUCAGUGAUGCUGAGUGGGACGCUUCUAAGCGAGAGUCCUUCAUCAGUGAUGCCUCGCGCAACAGCAUCGACUUUAGCAUUCCCAUCACUGGACGCCGCCGAGCAAAGACGAACACAGACGGCCUGGAUUUAUCAUCGCUUCAACCUUUCGCUGCCAAAGAGUCUUCUUCGCUCUCACUUGCAUCAACCGAAUUGCAAGAAGAAAGCACGCCCACACCGCAAAAGACAACCACCGAAUCUCAUAGCACAUCAGCAGAAUAUCCCUCUAUAGGUCCCAAUCUAGGCAGAAACCUGCUUGAGGAACUUCACGCCGCUAGAAUCGACGAUGAUGCACAGACUGCCUCCUCGGGGCCUACACCUNUUGCCACACUGAAUGCCAGACCAGCAGGAUUGUCUUCUAAUGCUCGCAGCACUUCCAUCCAGAGGAACGUCUCUGGCGCACUGCGGCUUAGACACCAACGCAGCAUGUCCGAAGCCACAGGUCUAUCCAUGUAUCCUUCUUCGCGACAAGUAUCUUCCGCCCACNCCCCUGCUAUCCCAAAAUCCAACAGCAUCGUGGACAAAGUCAAAGAGCUGUUGCGCCAACCAUUCAAGAUCGCACGCAGAUGUGUAGCAAGAGCCCACCAAGCCUUUUUGCUUUCUAGAACGCUAAACCGCUUUCAAUGGAUGUUGUUGCAUGCACUUUUGGGUCCUUUGGCAACCAGAAGAUUGAUGGCUUGUUCUCUGCACGAGAAUGCCAUUUUGAUGUCUGCGCCUUAUCGCCACAGCAAUACUUCUAGAUCUCCUUCUGCUUCUUCCUCCGACACUAGAGACCACGAAACCGGAGACCAAGGCUUUGAAGCAGAUUCAGAAGAUCUGGAACUCAGUCCUUGUCCCCCUCGCCAACCCCGUCGACGCGUCUCGCCAUCAUCGUCAUCGUCAUGUGUAUUUGAAACUUCCAAACCAAGAAGAAAUGACGAGAGUGGUAGAAUACAGAAACGCAGAUCUGAACAUCAAUGCAGGAUAAGUAGGGAUGAGAGAGAUGAGGCGCCUAUGCUCAGUCGACAUUCUCCUUGGUUGUGGGUGCGGUUCUCGCUUACACUGGCGUUUGCCAUUGCUGCGGCUGUUAAAGAGGGGCCUGGGGCUUUGAUGGUGGAGUGUCAGAGCCAACAGGCAAGGUGUGGGUGUUUGAAGUGUCUCGGUCGUGGAAUGAGGGAGUGUCGGGAU